AUGAAUCAUAGACCAAAUAUAGGGAAGAAAUCCUAUGCAUGUAAAACUUGUGGGAAAUCAUACAGUAAUAAAUUCUGCCAUGCCCUCCAUCACAGCACUCACAUAGUGGGAAACCCUCAUGUGUGUAGUGAUUGUGGAGAAACCACUCACCAGAAGUCAGCUCUCAUUAGACAUCAGAGAAUUCACAAAAGGUUGAAAUCUUAUAAAUGUAAUGACUGUGGUAAGUUUUUUGGCCAGAAGAAAUACCUCAUAAAUCAUCAGAGAAUUCACACAGGGGAUAAGCCUUAUGAAUGCAAUGACUGCAGAAAAGCCUUUGGCCAGAAGAAAUACCUCAUAAAUCAUCAGAGAAUUCACACAGAGGAUAAGCCUUAUGAAUGUAAUCAUGGUGGAAAAGCCUUUGGCCAGAAGUCACACCUCAUAAAUCAUCAGAGAAGUCAUACAGGGGAGAAACCUUAUGAAUGCAGUGACUGUGGGAUGGUCUUUGGCAAGAAGAAACACCUCAUAAAUCAUCAGAGAAUUCAUACAGGGGAUAAGCCUUAUGAAUGCAAUGACUGUGGAAAAGCCUUUGGCCAGAAGUCAUACCUCAUAAAUCAUCAGAGAAUUCACACAGAAGAUAAGCCUUAUGAAUGCAAUGACUGUGGAAAAGCGUUUGGCCAGAAGAAAUACCUCAUAAAUCAUCAGAGAAUUCACACAGAGGAUAAGCCUUAUGAAUGCAAUGACUGUGGAAAAGCAUUUGGGCAGAAGAAAUACCUCAUAAAUCAUCAGAGAAUUCACACAGGGGAUAAGCCUUAUGAAUGGAAUCAUUGUGGAAAAGCCUUUGGCCAGAAGUCACACCUCAUAAAUCAUCAGAUAAGUCACACAGGGGAGAAACCUUAUGAAUGUAAUCAUUGUGGAAAAGACUUUUGCCAGAAAUCAACACUCACAAAUCAUCAGAGAAGUCACACAGGGGAGAAACCUUAUGAAUGCAAUUACUGUGGAAAAAGCUUUGGCCAGAAAUCACAACUCAAAAUGCAUCAGAGAAUUCACACAGGGUCAAACCUCACAAAGCAUCAGAGAAUUUGUACUGGGGGGAAACCUUAUGAAUGCAAUGACUGUGGAAAAACCUUUGCUGAGAAGUCAAACCUCAGAAACUAUCAGAGACUUCACAUCAUGGAGAAAGCUUAUGAAUGA